ACAGUUGACACUUGAGUUUGACAGUUUACUAUCGUCACCACGUCUGUCACGAAAAUAUUCAAUAUUUUUCGUGGGAUUCAUGUAGCAAACAUUAAAUAUGUAAUGUGUGUUUUAUUCCAUCCGUUAUAAAAUUAAUUUUUGGUACAACUAAAGCUCUCAAUAAACAGUGGCCAUGCAUCUUAAAAUAAUUCUGUGCUUGAUCUUUUUCAUAUCGGCCGCCAUGGGCCAGUUUUAUGAGGACCGGCGGUGCCGUUGUAUCUGUCCAAGCACAGCAGCCGUGCUCAACAACAGUGCUUCGGUGCAGAGGCGAUUCUAUACUGAUAAUGUUCCACCUAUGAAAUGUAACUGUGAUAAUGUGGUGCUGCCGCGAGUUGCCCACGAAAUAAGAGGGCAUGAACAGGAGUACUGCCCCAGGUGCGACUGCCAAUAUGAAAUCAGGAACACGGCUGUUAUUAAGGUGGUGGUGAUCAUAGUUUUAUGGGUGCUGACACUUCUCUCGGGCUACAUGGGAUUCUUGCUCUGCCUUGAUCCGUUCAUUAACAAGAGGAGGGUGAAGCUGUAUCAAGAGGAACAGGGCUCAGAGGAGUCUCAGAACCUCUUGCUGCAGGGAGAGGAAAUAGAAGACUGAGAUUCGGCUUUUAUCUUAAUAGACAAAGAAGACAUUGGCAUACUUGAAGUUUAGUCAGUGAUGUCAGGCCAAUAAUGUGAAAGAACAAUAUGCAAAAUAACCAGUGUGACAAUUUAAAAAAUAUUGUACUUAUUACUGUAUUAUUAUAUGCAGGUGUGGCUAUAAUUUUCAAGCUAUAAUGUAAUAUGUAUAAUGUAACUUACCUUUCCUUCUUCUAAUUCAGAUGCUCAGUACUAUUCUCACCUAUUAUAUAAGUCAUUGUAGAAAUAUGAACCCUAUAGUCAAAUAUUGGUCGUUUUGUCACAAUGUUUCUACAAUUUGCUUCAAACGUAGGACAAUAAAUUGUCACAUGAGCUUAUAGUGAUAUUAAGAGCCCGUUGCGAUGGCGAGUAUUGUAGUUGGAAAAGGGCGUUGGAAUUUGAACCUUAUCACCUAUUUUUAUGAGUAUUGUAUUUUAGUAUGACAGAUGGAAUUAGCGUCGAACGCCCCUCAUAUGGACGGAACUUUUUACCUUUGCAUUUAUAAAGUUAUGCAAUUAUGUUGCCUGUUUAAUAUACACUGAGCUGAAGUGUUUGUUCUACUCCAUUAGUGAAUUAUGUGAAACACACUGUUGUCCAUUUUAAGCCGAUAAGAAAUGGCACUACAUGUCCACUUGUAACAUUGUAGCUAGAUGUAAAUACAUGGCAAUGGAUAAUGGAUGUUGUUGGUUCGUUUCCGUAAAUUAUGCGAGGAUUUUACUUUGUUGAUAUGCUGGAGUGCCUGGUUGUAAUUGAUUAGAACUAAAUAUACGAUUUUUAUUCCUCAAAUUUAUUUUAGUAUCCAAUAACACUAUCAGUUCUGGAGUUGUUGCUAAAGAUUAAGAUUUUCUGUAACUAUAUUUAUCUAAUGUAUACUGGUGUAGGCCGAAUUACUUUGACAUUAAUCUAUGAGCUUUGAGAAUUUUGUAGAAAUUUGCGAGUAUAUAUUGAUAUGAAUGUUAUGUCAAUUUGGCAUAUGCAUGGUGUUUAAUGAAAUUGUAUUUGUUAUUUAUUUCUUGAAUUACUGUUAUUAGGUAUUUAAAAUUGUAGAUAAAAAAUAUUAUUUUUAGCCACAAAAUGUAUCCUAUGUUUUUACGUUUUAUAGUUAUUCUAUUUUAUAAUAUGACCCAGUUUUUUAUACAUUCUUUAUUUGCUUGGAGUGUGUGAAAGUACCAGUACAGGAAUGCUAUAUUUUUAAAUAUUUGGAUGAUUUCAUAAUAUUUAGGGCACUGCUCUAUUUUAUAAUUAUUCUAUCUUUCAGUUCUCUGUAUAAUAUAUAUAAAUAAAAGACAUUUUGAGUUUCACUGGUAGUCACUCGGGACAGAGUUGGAAUACGAAUUGUUGAUAAAUGUGUUCAUGUGUCUAUAGACAUAUCUUGGUUAUGAACAUGAUUGUGAAAAGAUCUAAUGUACUAAUGUAUACAUGUUUCAAUAAAUGUCCAUUUAAAAUUGA